AUGAUAGUCCUUCAGGCGAAGGCCGACUGCCCGUUGUCGCGGGCCAUGAUUGAGGGCACCAAUCGGAUAUUUGCCAACCGCGAUCGCAGGGGAAAUUACGCGUUGAAACGUGUCCAGAGAGUGCAAACUGGCGAGGUGCUCCACAUGAUCUGCCAGCCGAACGACAUCGUACAGACCACCUGCCAACAGAACACCAACUUCACCCGACCGCUGCCGUUGCGUUGCAAUAACCCCAUGCCCGCCACUGCAACAAUCGUCACCGAUGCAUCCUGUCGGGGUACAAUGUACUCCAUUGGGUACACGAUCAACAACCGACGACUGGAGCUGUAUCGCGCCUGCUACGAUCGCACCAAUGUAAGGGCCCUCUUCACGACCCACACGGUGUACGGCAAAACCUUCUUUCCAGCGCGCCCCUGCACCGAUUUCAGCCGAGAUAACGCCCUGAGUGCGGCGGAUGCCAGGACCUUCACUGUCCGCAGUAUUUACGAUGCCUUCAGGCGUGUCUUCGGCAACAACCAGAGAUACAUUCCCAACAACCGGGAUGUGGUCAUCAAUCGCGGACAUCUGACUCCCUCGGCAGAUUAUCUGUACGGGGACCAGAUGUGCGCCACCUUCAAGUACGUGAAUGUGGUGCCCCAGUUCAAGACCAUCAACGACCGCAACUGGGAGACCAUCGAGCGCUGGGUGCGCAAUCGCAUCCGCGGAGGUGGUUCGCUGAGGAUCAAGACGGGUGCUGUUGGCACUCUCAUCCUGCCGAAUACUGCCCGGCCCCCCGUCCCUCAUCGCGCGAUCCUGGGAGCUGGCACAAAGAACCCCGUGCCUGAGUGGAUGUACAAGGUGGUGCGAACCUCAACCAACCGGCCUCUGGCCGUCUUCCUCACGUACAACAACAUAUAUGCUCCACGCCGUCCCAGUGCCCCACGAUUUUGCACUAGCGUCCCCUGCCCCAUGGCCCUGGUCAACAAUGCAGCCGCUGGCUUUACCUACUGCUGCAAUGCCACCAUUUUCAACAUCUGA